AUAUUACCUACACAUGCAAGCACUUACGAACGUAAUGUUACAACCAGCUGCUGUGUUGUCGACAACAUUCAGCUGAAAACUGAUCUGUAUUCUUUAUAGUAAACAAAAUGGGAAAAUGCGCAAAAGUUGUAAUUUGUGGCAUGAAAGGCGUAGGCAAAACAACAAUACUGGAACAAGUAAUCUAUGGCAAUAUCUCACCUGCAACAGUCUUCUUUCCAACAAUUGAAGAUAUUUAUGUUGCAAAUAUUGAAACUGACAGAGGCACCAAAGAAAAAGUAAGGUUCUAUGACACAGCUGGCAUAGAACAAGCACAAACCAGCACUGCUAAUGGCACCACAAGUCAACAAUUGCCAAGGCAUUAUUUAGCACUGGCUGAUGGAUAUGUACUUGUUUAUGAUACUGAUAAAUUUGAAUCUCUCAAGGUGUUGAUUAACUUAAAGCAAGAUAUUGAUAAGAACAAGGACAAGAAAGAGGUGACCAUCAUGGUGAUAGGCAAUAAGACUGCUGAGAUAGAUAUGAAUGACUACAACAACACAUUAAACAAGGCAGUAAACUGGUGCAGUGCUGAAAAAAUCAAACACUUCUGUGCUUCAGCUAUGCAGCAGUCUACUUUAUUUGAAUCUUUUGUAUACUUGACCAGUAAAUUGAAUCCUCCACCUAGUAAAAGUACUUUUUCUCAAUUGUCAAUGGGAAGGAGAGUCUCAGCUAAAGAAUCUUAAAGAAAUAAUACAAAAUUUUAUACUAGUUUAAGAGAUUAUUUGUAUUAAACAUUCCCUCUCAUAUAUUUAUAAAUAUUGUUUAAGUUUGGUAUUUAUUAUAAACUGCACAAAUCGAUUGGAAUAAAAGCAAAUGUUUAUUUUAAAGCAA